ACGUUCAUCGUAUAUCUAUGGAAAUUGAUAAGCCGUUGGUUUUGGAUCCAGUGGCUUACACGGGGUUCUCGUUCCCAUAUCAUACCGCGUCUUGGUACAUACAGAGCGUGGACGGAUACGAUAUUGGUGUAAAUUUUCCUAAGAAUCUUGAUCCUCUCCGAGAUUGCCACCUAGCUUUGAAAGUCGAGCCCACCGAGGGGACCUUUCGAUAUUCAUGGAGAUACAGUCAGUUUGUGUUAGUCCAGCAUCCAUCUUUAUGGCUGUUCACUGAUACCGUCUACCAGCGUUCUUUGACUGCUGAGAUAAGCAUACAGCCCUCUCAAGAACUUUCCCUAGAUGAUCCGUGCAGCAAAGUAGAUUGUGGGUUUAGCGAUUGUACAUCACUUGAUAUACACCUUGGUUAUGUUUGUAGCUGUAAGCCUGGAUUCCAAGGGGUCAACUGUAAAAAUGGUUAG